GGCUCAACAAUGUUCACCAGAACACUGGAGGAUUUGGUAUUAUUCAUAGGUGCGACUUGAAGCUCGAUCUAAGAGGCAUUGAUGCCGUCCAACAAGGCUAUCAGUCCCCUUCCAUGUCAACUCGUGUCAAUGUCGCAGUCAAGGAAAUAAUUUUGAGAGGCAAUACAGACAUGUUGACGAUUAUCAAUCGAUUGUUCAGGGAAAUUAUGCUAUGGUUGAGACUUGAACACAAGAAUAUCGUUCCUCUUUGGGGAGUCGCAGAUGGCUUUGGCUCCCUCCCAGCACUUGUCUCGCCAUGGUUAGAAAAUGGUGCGCUGACCGGAUACCUUCGACGUGUGCACAAAAGGCUUUCUUACAACGAAAAGUUUGCACUGCUCAAGGACAUAGCUCAAGGGCUUCAGUAUCUGCAUUCGCAGUCAAUUAUCCAUGGUGACUUGAGCGGUAAUAACGUUCUCAUCGAUGAAGACGGAAAAGCACACCUCACCGAUUUUGGUCUCUCUGCUCUCGUUCCUGAGAGAAUAAGUCAAGCAUUGAUGCCAACCAAUUGCGGAGGCACCGCACCCUACAUGGCGCCAGAAUGCUUGGCGCUCGAUGACGAAGGCAAUGAGCCGGCGCCGGUAUUCUCUCCGAAAAAUGAUGUAUACUCUUUCGGAGGGAUCAUGCUACAGGUAUUGGAGGGCAAGGUCCCAUACCAUUACAUCUCUGGUGGCUAUCUAACUUUACUCACCUUGAUAUUACGCGGCAUAAGACCCGAAAGGCCGCCCGCGCCUGUUAUCAGGGACAGCGACUGGAAUUUCAUCCAGAGUUGUUGGUUAGAAGAUAUGGAACGUCGGCCCUCUGACGCAGACAUCCUGGAAUUUGUGGAAGCACGGGCUAGCAUUCAGUCCUAGUUAAUAUUGCCUGCAUUCCAUUGUGUGUAGAUUAGGAACCAUGGACGUCGCCUGGAUACAAUCUCUGAAAUCCAGUGAAAUAUUGAUCGAUCGCUUUUACCACUU